UUCACACGGCCAGACAGAAUAAGUCGAGCUUGGAUAGUGCUUGACUUUGACAGCACUGUAAUGACUAUGCAAUCCAUCCCCGAUAUAGGACCGACUGAACCUCAGCAGUGCCGGCGCGUACGCGGUGUGACCCAGGUAGCAGGAGCAGCAUGUGGGCGACUGUGUGCAGGGCACUGAGAGCAGACACCGGGCCAAUACGGGCUGCGAGACAGCUACAGCUGAUGACGUACAAGCGUUUGGGCAGCUGUGCAGCAGCGGGCGUGAGCCCAGCGUGCAACAAUAAAAAAUAUUCAACUUCACUAGUAAAAACCAUCCAGGGAAGCAUUCCAGUAUAUAUUAGCAGAACAGCAGGAACUUUGACCAGAACAAGUACGCUAGAUGAAACCACUUACGAGAGAUUGGCGGCCGAUACACUGUAUUCCCUUGCUGAGUUCUUUGAGGAUCUGGCUGAUCAACCAUUCACACCACCUGAUUAUGAUGUUUCUUUUGGGAAUGGGGUUCUUACAGUGAAAUUUGGUGGUGACAUUGGAACAUAUGUGAUUAAUAAACAGACGCCAAACAGACAGAUCUGGCUAUCCUCGCCUACAAGUGGCCCUAAGCGAUAUGACUGGACAGGACAGUCAUGGGUUUAUUCACAUGACGGAGCAGCUCUUCAUCAGCUGUUGGCACAAGAACUUUCCCUUGCAUUGAAUAAUAAAAUAGACCUAUCAGCCUUAUUGUAUUCAGGAUAACACAUGGUCUCAGAGCUUCCUUGUACCUUACUUCAACAACUGUAGGGAUUGAAAUGGAUGUUUCUCGCUGGAACCUACUGUACAGUAUAUUUACUUAAGUAUAGAAACAGUAUCACACUUACUGGGACAGUCUUCAGAUGCAAGUACCAGCUGGAUGAUCAGGGAAGAAUUGAGUUGAUUGGUUUGUAAGGCUUCUGAGUAUUCACACCUGGAAUUAUUUCUUGACUGACUAACAUCACUAUUUGGCCCUGAGAAGUUUGCUGAACCAAUCUGAGUCUGCUAUACAAAGUGGGCUUCCUCUCACCUCUGUUACUAAAUUAUUUAACCAGAUCGUGAUGAAGGGUGACAGUGGUUAAGCAAGAAGGACUGCACAGCAGGAAGGGAAGAACGGAGGUCCUGCUUAAAGAAAACAUAUCAGAAGAAACAACAUUAUUACUUUGCUACAGUACCUCAUUUAGUUUGAUGUAACCACAGGGCUGUUUCUAGCCAAUUUGGCUCCCAGUGCGAGAUUUAAAAUGUGCCCCCCCAUGACAUAAAAAAAUGUUGCCCCCCCCCCCCCACACACCUAGAUAAAAAAAAACUUGCACGCGCACCCAGCAAGGGGCAUGGCCUCAUCUAAAUGGGUGUGGCCUCGUCUGAAAAGACUACCUCACAAUCCAGUUUUUGACCCUGCUCCAACAGAUCACGACCACCACAGGAAAAAAAAAUUCUACCAUAUUGAGCCCCACACAGUAAUGCCCCCUGCACCAUAUUAUGCCACACACCGCAAUGCCCUUGAUACAUUAAAUCCCCACACUACGGCAGGCAAGAGUCCCCAUUUCACACAUUUCGGCAGGUGUGCCCAUUUUACACAUUGAGAGAGAGAGAAUACUUACAGAGGCGAUUACCGCUCUUCGGCCCGCCUCACCAGUCGCUCCUCGCAACGGCCUUUCCCUCUUCCUAACUUGGAUCCCCCUCUGUACUCCGCUCGGGGGGGGGGGGGUUUGUGGAGUGACGGGGUUGCGUCGUGACGUAACGAUACAACCACGUCAUUCCGUGAAACUCCGCCCCCCGAGCGGGUUACUAGGGGAGAAAUAGGAGGGGGAAGCAGGGAGCCACAGUUAGUGCCACGGCGGGCGCCCAGUGCGGUUGCACUGCUUGCCUGCCCCAAGAAACGGCCCUGUGUAACCAUCUGUGCUGAGGCCUGGCUAUCACUAAAACCUGCACUGUUUAUUGUAACCAAUAACUGUUUAUUGUAACCAAUGCUGUUUAUUGUAAGCAUGUCCCACUGGGAUAUUCAAUUACCCUGAUUUGCUCUUGGGUGUAAUGUAUCGCCGGGGGGGUGGGCUAUCUAAUUAGCGCUGAUAAGCCGGUGCGUGCCGUGGCUUAUCAGGGAUUUUGUUUCACCUGCCUCCAGCAGGCGAAGCAAAAUCCCAGAUAACCGUCCUGUUUUCAUCCAAAAACAGGGCUAUUACACCUGAAAACACACAGGUUUCACUGAACCUGUGUGUUUACGGGUGUAAAUGCACUUUUUACUGGCUGAGCUAAUUGAAUAGCCCGACCGCUACACCUGAAGAAACAUUGGGGCUUUUUACUCCCGAUGUCUCUUUGGGGCAAAAUGAAUAUCCCCGCCAGUCUUCUUUUUAGUAGUUUUUUUCACAAUUUUAAAUCUCAACAUAGUACAGUAUGUGACCUUAUAUAAAUAAAUGUUAAUUAUUAUAUGGGGGCAUAUACUGCUGUCGCUGUACUUCCCAUUUCGCCUUGUACACUGUUUAAUGUAUAAUGUAAGAUUUGAUCAUUUUA